CGCAACUAAUAAAGGAACUAGCAAAACUAUUUCUUUUGGAGGCAAACAUUAUUCCAUAUUUGGUGCUGUUGUUAGUGGGUGGUCUGAGCUUUUUUUAUUUAGGCAACAACAAGGAACAAGCAAAGGAGAGAGAAAUUGAGAGACUCUUCUGAGCUGAGCUAGCAAACUGCUUGCUUGCUAGGAAGAUAAGAGAAGAGAAGAGGAGAGGAGAGAGAGGAGCUCCUCUGUGCUCUCUUGCUGCUCCCUUUUCCUUUUGAGAUUGUUAUUUUAAUCCUGGGAUCUGAUUUUGUCCCCAUAUUGGGAGGAUCGAUUAUCUUUCUUCCCCCUUCCUCUCCUCUCCUCUCAUCUUCCCUCUCCUAUCCCUGAGCCUGAAGAAGAUCAGCCUGCUUGUCAAUCAAUCCUUGCCCUGCCCCCCAUCAGGAGCACACCCUCAGAUUGAUUGAUAUCGCAGUGAUAACAGCCUGGCGAAGAAUCUUUGAGGAGUUCCAGUCUAUUGGUUCGACAAGGAAAGUUGCACGGGAUUAAGUUUAGUCUGGAUACAAUAUUGAUGACCUUCUGGUAUUGUCAAUCAAGUCAACGUCAAAGCUGGUUCUUCAUACACAUAUAUGCUUUUGCAGUAAUCUCGACCAAUAAGUAGUUGUAACUGCGAGAUGGCUACUUAUUAUUCAAGCCCUGGUAGUGAAAGAGACUCGCAGACCAUGUACUCAAGAGACCCAGGCAGUGCAUCCUAUCCUAUGUCCUCGGCUCUAGGGAACUUGCUCUAUCUGAACAAUCCGUCUUCUGGACCUUACACGGAGUUCAGCGGCAUUCUGCAGCCUCAGCAGAAUUGCAUGGAGAUGCCUGGCUCUGGCCAUCCUUCAACAAUGUCCCAAGACCCUUCUGCAAGGGAGUCCGACAUGCUUGCUUCCCACCAGGGGCAACGCUCUUUCGGCCAUGUCAAAGAUAUGAAAAAUGAGAUGUUGAUGCAUAUGAUGGAUGGAGCACAAGGUGGUGGCUCUGAGCUCAUCCAUGAUGAUGCCCAAACUGGUUCACAUCUUGAGUUUGGUGUUCUGAAUAACCACAGCUCAUCAAGUGUCCCAUCAGUACAAGGCCAAGGGUUAUCUCUGAGCCUGAACACACAAAUGAUGGCGCCUUCCUUACCAUACUGGUCUAUAAAGCCAGACAUGUUAACGCCGCAGUCUUACCAUGACAGCCUUAGAAGCGAUGACAUACGCAUGAAGAAUUUGCAGUCUGAAGCUUCUCGCGCAAUCCGGAACUCAAGGUAUCUGAAGGCAGCACAAGAACUUCUUGAUGAGGUUGUGAGUGUUUGGAAGAGCAUAAAAGAAAAGGCUCAGAAAGAGAAGGCUGAAUCAGGAAAAGCAGAUGGCAAAGAAACUGAUGGAGGGCCAAAAGGUGAGGGUGUGUCUUCUAAUCCACAAGAAUCUGGCGCUAAUGCAGCACCUGAGCUUUCCACUGCUGAGAAGCAAGAGCUUCAGAACAAAAUGGCAAAACUGAUGGCAAUGCUGGAUGAGGUGGACCGGAAAUACAAGCACUACUACCACCAAAUGCAAACUGUGGUUUCAUCCUUUGAUAUGGUAGCUGGGCCAGGAUCUGCGAAGCCUUACACAGCAGUUGCUCUUCAGACAAUCUCACGGCACUUCCGGUGCCUGAAGGAUGCUAUCAAUGAUCAGAUCAAUGUUAUCAGGAAAAAGCUAGGCGAGGAAGAAAAUUCAUCUGGCAAGGAGGGCAAAUUAACUCGCCUCCGGUACAUCGAUCAGCAGCUCAGGCAACAACGUGCUUUCCAACAAUAUGGUAUGAUUCCACAAAACGCAUGGCGACCACAGAGGGGACUGCCUGAAAACUCCGUUACAAUUCUCCGAGCUUGGCUUUUUGAACACUUCCUUCAUCCGUACCCAAAAGAUUCUGAGAAGUUAAUGCUUGCGAGGCAGACUGGCCUGACUAGGAGUCAGAUAUCGAACUGGUUCAUAAAUGCCCGUGUCCGCCUUUGGAAACCAAUGAUCGAAGACAUGUACAAAGAAGAGAUUGGCGAUUUAGAGCAAGACUCCAACUCUUCUUCUGACAAUGCACCAAGAAGUAAGGAUAAAAUGGCAUCUUCAGAAGAAAAGGAAGACAUCAAAAACUCCAGGGCACGGAUUUGCGAAACAAGCCAACUGAGCGAGGGGAGAACCAGCAUUGGAACAAUGAAUGUUGGCGGAGCGCCUAUUGGCUUCCAGAACGAGGCCAACCCUGAUGACAGCUUCAUGAACCUGAUGCUGAAGGACCAGCGAUCGAAUGAAGCAGAUGGCGGCCUCCUCCUCCACAACACUGUCGCGCAGCACUCAGACGAGAAUGCCCGGUUCAUGGCCUAUCACUUGGCUGAGCUUGGGAGAUACGGCAAUGGCAAUGUGUCGCUGACGCUGGGCUUGCAGCACUCCGGCAGCAACCUCGGCGUCCCUAAUGCCGAGCCAAGCUUCCCAGGUGUUAGUGAGGACGACAUCUACAAUGCUACUGCUCCUCUCGGUGUCACUGUCGCUUCUUCAGACUACGAUUCACUGAAUCAGAUGGAUCAGCGGCAACGGUUUGAGCACUCACCUCUUCUGCAUGACUUUGUGGCCUGAAGACAGCAGAUACAUCAGGACCAUGAGCAUUGAAAGGAUUUGGGGGGCAGCAUUUGUAACACCUACCUAGUGGGAGAAUAACAUGCCUGAAAGGGCAUGGGAUUUGUAGCUUUCUAGUUGCCAUUCAAUACAGAAGAGGAGGUAUAGCAAGGAAAUGUAAUAUACAAGGUUAGAUGGUGGGGUGAUAGGGUAAAGAAUCAUGUAAAGAUAAAGUCCAUCAUUACUAUAUUAUACGUGUAAAAGCUUGUGAUUUGAGCACCAUAUUGUAAAGUAAUGGUUACUUAGGACUCUCCUAGUAUACACUCACACUACUAGAGCUUUCUGUCGCUCAUUUACAUGUAAGUGGAGCUGAAAACUUGCUGCUGUGCCCAGCAAGUUGUGCAGCUUUGUGUUAA